AUGGACACAAUAGCUGAAGAGAUCAAAUAUCUUGAAAACCUUGCCAUCCCAAUAUGUUAUGUAGAGUUGCCCAUGAAUCAGUAUUCUCGAUUAAAACUUCAUGCAUUUGGUGAUGCAUCGGAGCUUGCAUACGCAUCUGCACUCUAUCUACAAGCUUUGUCUGUUAAGAGACAUGUUUCAACCAGUCUAUUUAUGUCCAAAACCAGAAUAGCACCCGUUAAAAGAGUUACUCUGCCGAGAUUGGAAUUGACGGCUGCGGUUAUUACUGCUCGACUGUGCACUUAUGUUCGCAAUGCGUUGGACUGCCCAAUUGAUCGUACUGUUUGCUGGACUGAUAAUUCGUCCACUAUUCACUGGUUCACUUUCACAAUGGAAACCAUUUGUUGCGAAUCGCGUUAUGGAAAUUCAAUCGUUAGAUCCAUCUGUCUGGAGAUACUGCCCUGGACCAAUGUACCCACUAGAGGAAUGUCUUCGAGUGAGUUGAAAGAACGUCAGUUAUAG